UCGAAAUUCAGGCAACAGCGGAAUUUUAAAGGAUUGCACUGUCAUCGCUAGCUUCAAUAGAAAAUGGCAAUUCAAGACGCUGAUGUCGAAAUGGUUUCCGAGGAAACUGAAAGUACUUCAGAGAAAGAGAAAACUCCGAAAAUUGAUGUUGAAGCUCUCUCCUUAGCAGACAUCAAAGAACAUCUGUUAUUUAUUGAAAAAUCUGUGAGCUCUAAAGAACCUAGGUUUAUUCUUCGAGUUGUUCGGGCACUGACUUCUAUUAGAAAACGGCUAAGUGCAAAAAUUCUAAGGAAAGUGAUCACACAUUUCUACAUGAAUUCUCUCGUGCAAAAAGAUGUAUUAUUGGCUUUCAUUGAUGAGCCCAUGGACAUGGAUACAAAUGGUAACAAAGCACCUAUUCGAAUAAAAAAUGUCAAGUCAAGCCAGCAGCCAUUGUUACCAGAACAAGACAUUUAUAUACAUCUUCUUGUUUUACUCUACCUGAUAGAUUGUGGGCAACAUAAACAAGCUGUUGAAUGUGCUGAUCUUCUCAUGAAGAAAGUUGUUGCUCAACCUCAACGUACAGUUGACCUCAUUGCUGCAAAAUGUUAUUUUUAUUUAUCUAGAAGCUAUGAAUUACUUGGAUGCCUAUCCAACAUUAGGAGCUUCCUUCAUAGCCGUCUCCGAAGUGCAGUGCUGAGGAAUGAUUAUGAAGGUCAGGCAGUUCUUCUUAACUGUUUGUUGAGGAAUUACCUUCAUUAUAAUCUAUAUGAGCAAGCAUCUAAAUUAGCAUCAAAAUCUGUAUUCCCAGAAAUGGCAUCUGAUAAUGAGUGGGCACGAUUUCUCUAUUAUUUAGGUCGCAUAAAGGCUAUUCAACUUGAUUAUUCCGAGGCUCAUAAAAAUUUGCUUCAGGCAAUACGAAAAGCACCCGAAUCAUCUGCUGUCGGUUUCAGGCAAACAGUUUAUAAAUUAGCAAUUACUGUAGAACUAUUACUAGGUGAUAUACCUGACAGAUCUUUAUUUAGGCAGCCACAAUUGAGAAGAUCCUUAGCUCCCUAUUAUCAACUUACUCAAGCUGUAAAAGCCGGCAACCUUAGCAUGUUCAAUGAAGUUCUUGGCAAUUUGGGUUCUCAAUUUCAAGCUGAUCAUACAUAUACUCUUAUUUUGAGGCUAAGGCACAAUGUCAUCAAAACUGGAAUUCGUAUGAUUAGCUUAUCCUACUCCAGAAUUUCCUUAGCCGAAAUUGCUCGCAAGUUGCUCUUGGGCAGUUCAGAGGAUGCAGAAUACAUUGUAGCUAAGGCUAUUCGUGAUGGAGUUAUUGAAGCUAACAUAAAUCAUGCUCAAGGUUACAUGCAGUCAAAGCAAACAGUAGAUGUCUAUAGUACAGGAGAACCUUUAGCAGCUUUCCAUAAAAGAAUAAGUUUCUGUUUGGAUAUCCAUAACAAAUCUGUGAAGACUAUGCGAUUUCCUCCAAAAUCCUUCAACAAAGAUUUAGAAACAGCUGAGGAAAGAAGAGAAAGAGAAAAACAAGAUAUAGAAUAUGCAAAAGAAAUGACUGACGAAGAAGAUGAUGGUUUCCCAUAGCUUAUAAAUAUUUCAUUUUCAAAUAUUUUUCAUGAACUCUAUUCUUAUAGCUCAUUUUUGUGCUUUAUCAGAUUCUUGUAUAAUUGCAUUAAGGUUAGCAUUUUAGAUAACAAAUAAGCUGGCAUUUGAAGUUAAGAGUUUCCUUUCUGUAAACUGUAUAUUUUUAUUCAAACUAAGUUAAUUUAGUCCUAUAACAGUUUUUGUACAUUAAUUCAUCUGGAGUUUGUUAUAUGUGAAUAAAAUAUUUCUGGA